AUUGAGAAAGUUGGAAUUCCUGUAUGCGUCGGGCCGUUCCUUAAAAGAGGAAGGAGAGCCGAGAGCCCAUUCCAAUUUCCAACGCGAGCUUUAAUCGACUUCCCUGUGAAGCCGUGAAGGUGGAGGACGAACCCAUCCGCCAUGGCAGCAGCGUUGUCAGACUCGGCAGCCGUUGGGAAGCGGGGAGGAGGAGAGCCAACAGCAACAGCAGCUGCACGAUUCGUCCAGGAGGAAAGAAAGGAGCUCCCUCUUCUCCAGAAGGUGGAUGAGCUCCGGGAUUUGUCCUCCGCUCUGUCUACUUUCAGGUGCCGUUGGGAUGAGUUGCAGAAGCAUCUCGCUUUCAUCCAAAAUGCUAUCGAAGUGAGGAGUAAGCGGUCUAAUACGGAGCACGUGAUCCCAUUGCAGCUGCCGCCAGAGGUAGUUCCUUCAGUAGAUGCCCCCGCCUCCGGUUCUGCUAAUUCACCACUUCCGGAUUUGGCCGGGCUUUCUAGCCGGGAUCUCUCGCAACUCUCAUCCCCCAGUGGCGAAAUGGCUAAGAAUUCAUCCUGGUCCGAGUUUGAAUCGCUAUGUGAGACAAUGGGUAGCCGUGGCUUACGCAAAUACAUAGCCUCUCGUCUCUCUGACGUUGCCAAACUCCGUGAAGAAGCUCCUGCAGCUCUAAAGCGUGCCCCCAACCCAGCCAAGCUCGUCUUGGACUGCAUUGGCCGGUUUUAUCUCCAGGGUAGCAAAGCGUAUACCAAGGAUUCUCCGAUGGUUCCUGCCCGACAGGCCUCGGUGCUCAUGUUGGAAUUCUUCCUCCUCGCGGAUUGCGUUGAGAAUGGGACUGAUCCCUUAGUCAAGGAAGAAGCUGAGGCCGCAGCAGUUGCUUGGAGGAAGAGGCUGAUCAGUGAAGGGGGUGUCUCCAAGGCCCACAGCGUGGAUGCUAGGGGGCUGCUUCUCUUUAUUGGUUGCUAUGGCAUCCCAUCUGUAUUUGGAUACCAAGAUCUCAGUGAUCUUAUUCGGUCGAGUAGUCCAAGGGAGAUUGCUGAUGCCCUUAGACGGUCGCGUUUCCUCCUUGACAGAGUCCCAGGUAUUGGUUUCUGAUAAGGGUUUCUGUUAGUCUGUUGCGUACUAAAACAUGCUUCAGGUCUAGCUAUCUGCUAAUAUUAAAGAAUGCUUGUUGCU